UAACACUACUCUGUCUCUCUAUAUAUCUUUCUCUCUGUAUAUAUAUCUUUCAUUAGUCGCCGAAAAACAGACUUCCGAUAACUGAGGAUUCUGUAUUGUUAUGAUCCAUGGCAAAGGGCCGCAAACUUACAGUCAGCCGGAGCGAAAGAUUCUUAGGAGGCUACGGACACCACACCGACGGCGACGAUGAAGGUAUAGAGCUCGGAGAGCAUGACGUUUGGUCGUUGGUAGAUGACAUGGUCACCGGGGGGACUGAUCAUCAUUCUAUCAACGGCGAGUGGGACUCACACGCCGCCACAAUGCCUCGCCGACGUGGGCUUGUGAGAACCGCCGGCGGGCUAUCGGUGGCUUUUGAGGAUCAGGCCGGGAACAUGAUGGUCGCGUCGCCAAGGAUUGUUCAUCAGUUUCGUAACGGUGGUGACAGCCUGGCAUCUCCACGUGGACGGCAUAUGGCCACGUCAGCGCCAGUCAACGUGCCGGAUUGGUCAAAAAUAUAUCGAGUUGACUCGGUAGAGUCGAUACAUGAUUCGGAUGAUGGGAUGGAUGAUGACCCGGACAUGGUCCCGCCCCAUGAGUAUUUAGCGCGUAGCCAUCGAUCGACUGCCAAGUCGGUUUUUGAGGGCGUGGGUCGUACCCUUAAGGGUCGAGACAUGAGCCGAGUUCGUGAUGCGGUUUGGAGUCAAACCGGAUUCGAUGGUUAAUUAAUUAGUAUCCAAUUUUAUUAUGAAAGAAAUGGAUAAUUUUUUUUCUUUUUUUGUUAUCUUGUCGUUUUUUAGACCCAAAGAUAAUACAUAAUUGAAUUUUAACUCA